AUGCCUCGCUCCGUGCCUCAAGUGAGCUCUGCCGCGCGCGAGCAGGAUGAGGUCGACGCCGAACUCCCCCUCCCUCGUCCCGCACGGCGCCCCCUUCUCCAACUGCUUACCGCCUCCCUGGAAUCCCAUCUCGAAAUCGGCGAGACGACCAGUUUACUAGGAGAGGAAUCGCAGCGUCGCGCACCUCGGCGGUCAUAUACAAGUACCUCGGGCGUGUCGGGCCCGGAUUCACCUCGCUAUCUGCUGACCGCAGGAAGUCUCCGUCGGACGGCACACCACAGUCGGGCCAAUUCUGUGGCAAAACGGUUCAGCCGCCGAGGAAGUGCGAGUGAGGACGCACAGCCGCAGCAGGAGAGUCGACCGCCAUCCACGAAAGAUGGGCUGACCGCUUCAUCUUUCCUCGAUGAGCGGACAUGGUACGAUCAAUUCACGUCGACCGACUGGGUUCACGAUAGCAUUGCCGACGGGGCUCGUCUUCGCCAGCUACGACAGCGCAAAGAUGUGCGUGGGCGACUGAUGGCAUGGUUCGACGGGGCCCAAGGUUGGGUGCUGGUGGCAGUCAUUGGAUGCAUUACGGCGGCGAUCGCCUACUUUGUCGAUAUCACAGAAAGGUCGAUCUUUGACAUGAAAUUGGGCUAUUGCUCAGGCGACUUCUGGGCCAGCAAGAGUGAUUGCUGUGGGGAGGGUGCCACGUGCACCAAUUGGCGGUCUUGGUCACAAAUUUUCAACGCCUCUAGCAAUGGAAACCAAUGGGUCGACUUUGCUGUGUUCAUCGUUUGGGUUGUCGCACUGGCUUCGAUUUCCUGCGCGCUGACUUUGUUUACAAAGACAGUGGUGCCAUCCUCGAUCUCAUUGGCGACUUUGGACGAGAACCUCGGCGCCGAGGCACGUGUUGCCAAACAAGGAUCCGGUGGUGAAACUGUUGGAUCUCCCGCAUCGUUGAUCAGUCCUCAUGGUACAUUUCCCAACGACCCACCUCGCCCGGCGAUGGUGUACUACUCCGCCGCAGGCAGUGGAGUGGCUGAAGUCAAAGUCAUCAAUAGUGGAUUCGUGCUGCACGGCUAUUUGGGUUUGAAGACACUCGUGGUCAAGACUGUCGCGUUGAUAUUCAGUGUUUCUUCGGGUCUCAGCCUCGGUAAAGAAGGCCCAUUUGUGCACAUUGCCACUUGCGUGGGAAACAUCUGUUGCCGACUCUUCUCCAAAUAUAAUCACAACGACGGCAAGCGUCGAGAAGUGCUCAGUGCCAGUGCCGCGAGCGGUGUGGCUGUGGCCUUUGGAGCACCCAUUGGCGGAGUCUUGUUCAGUCUGGAGGAAGUCAGCUAUUACUUCCCACCGAAGACUCUCUUCCGAACAUUCUUCUGCUGUAUCGCCGCAGCAUUGUCUUUGAAGUUCUUGAACCCGUACGGGACUGGCAAGAUUGUUUUGUUCCAGGUGCGCUAUGGCACCGACUGGGAGAUCUUCGAGAUCAUCAUCUUUGUGUUCUUGGGUGUCCUCGGUGGUGCUUUGGGUGCGCUUUUCAUCAAGGCCUCGAGCUGGUGGGCACGCACCUUCCGUCGCAUUCCGGCUAUCAAACGUUGGCCGAUGCUAGAGGUCUUUCUUGUCGCCUUGCUUACGGGUGCGGUCAGCUUCUGGAACCGAUACACUAAGCUGCCCGUCGCAGAGCUGCUGCUCGAGCUCGCCAGUCCCUGCGAAGGAGAGUCAUGGUCCAGUACCGGGCUUUGUCCCAGCGAAGAUGGUAUCGUUGAGAUCAUCCAGUAUUUGAUGGUUGCUUUCGUGAUCAAGAGCCUUCUGACUGUUAUCACAUUUGGCAUCAAGGUACCUGCCGGAAUCUACGUGCCUUCGAUGGUGGUCGGUGGUUUGAUGGGCCGAAUUGUUGGGCACUCGGUACAGUACUGGGUCGCCAAGAAUCCCACCUUCUUCCUGUUUGACUCUUGCCCCAAUGUGGCGGGAAUGGAGUCGUGUGUCACCCCUGGUGUCUAUGCUAUGGUUGCUGCGGGCGCCACCAUGUGCGGCGUCACUCGACUUUCCGUCACCCUUGCUGUCAUCCUUUUCGAAUUGACUGGCAGCUUGGAUCACGUGCUGCCGUUCUCUCUAUCCGUGUUGUGUGCCAAGUGGACAGCGGACGCACUCGAGCCACGCAGUAUAUAUGAUUUGCUCACCGAUAUGAACUCGUACCCCUUCCUCGACAACAAAUUACAACCCAUUACUGAUGCCGAGCUUGGCGACAUUGUCCGUCUGCCUCAUCGGGGCAGAAUCAUCGACAUUACCAAUUCUGCUUUUGUCCCCGCGACUGAACUUCGCACCAAGCUCGAGUAUCUCCUCAUGGCGGGUGAGCUGGAUGGUGGACUGCCUAUCCUCCGCGAUGGCGUUCUGACGGGCCUCAUUCCCGCCCCCGAUCUCGAAUUUGCGCUCGACUCCCUGGGCGAGGCAGAAGAGAACACCCUUUGUCUGAUGACCAUGGAUACUUCGGUCGCCGUGUAUGACAGCGAGGCCGAGAAUACGGUGCAUGAGGAUUUCACUCGAUUCAUUGACCCGGCACCGAUUUCCCUCGACGUACAUUCACCCAUCGAUGUCGUCUACCAAUGUUUUGUGAAGCUCGGGCUGCGGUAUCUUUGCGUCUUGCGAAAUGGCCAAUACGCCGGCUUGGUACAUAAGAAGGCCUUUGUGAAGUACAUGAAGGAGCAUGAGAAGGAAUGA